UUAGGGGCCCGUUUCCGGCUUGAGCGGCGUCGGCGUCGCCGUCGCUCACUGAUGCCGUCACCGGCAUCCACAUCGUCAUCGUCAUCAUCACUGAUGACGUCACCGGCAUCCACAUCGUCAUCGUCAUCAUCACUGAUGACGUCACCGGCAUCCGCAUCGUCAUCAUCACUGAUGACGUUACCGACAUCCGCAUCGUCAUCGUCAUCAUCACUGAUGACGUCAUCAGUGACGUCACUGACGUCGUCACCGGCAUCCGCAUCGUCAUCGUCAUCAUCACUGAUGACGUCAUCAGUAACGUCACUAAUGACGUCAUCGGUACCCGCAUCGUCAUCGUCACUGAUGACG